CAUUACCAUUAACCAUGAAGCACCAGAGACCAGAGUCUCAGUCAAUUCAUCCUCCGGUUCAACUUUUUUUAGGGGUGCAUAAAGAGGGGUUUGCAAUUUUUUCAUUUUUUUACACAAAAAUCUUCAAAACAAUAAUGUGAGUACGAAUAAGUACUGGUAUCAUACUACUCCUACGGCAGGGCUACAGAACUCGAUGGAUACGGCACAAAGAAUGGAUACCGUACGGCAAACCUUACCAAGUUUUCGUUUCUCAAACUUGGUGUGCCGACUUCGACUAUGGUAGUACGAGAACCGUGCAGCACCAUCCAUAAUACCGCAUCGGCUGUCGACUAUUGCAUGCAAGCAAAAGAGUGGCACCAAUCGGACUUUUGAUUCCGAGAAAACCGCGCUGUACUUUUAGGAGCCAACUCGACGGAAACGAUUCAAACUUCCGAUAUCGAAAGAGAUGAAUUUGGAGCUGCUCGAUCCUUUUCGAAAGCAAAUUCCUGACCGAAUCGAUUCGACGUUGGAUCUUCCAACCACCUUUCAUUUUAGGAAACAAAUUGAUUCGAAAGAGAAGGGUAGCAAAAAAGUUAGCGUUGAAGAAGAUUGGAAAGCGGCCAAUCACAUAGCCUUCAAUCGCCGUGGAUCUUAUAUCGCCGUGGGAUACGGAAGUGGGACGGUUGGGGUAUUUGAUGUGCUGAGUCGGACUGUGAGUAGUCUGUAUCGACAAGAGAAAUUUGGACCAUCGUCGUCAGCCUCAUCAUCUAAUACUAAGGGUGGCAAAACAAAGGACUUGGGGGCGGACGAUCAUGGGGUGACGUCUAUGUCUUGGUCGCGACGCUCUCGAACGUUACUAGUGGGAUCGCUCGGAAGUCCAGAGGUGAGACUCAUAGAUACGACGCAUCCUUUCGGUCCCGAAGAGUGCUGCACCGGGAUCCAACUUAGCGAAAAUAAGGAUGGAGAUGAUGAUAAUUCAAGGAGCAACUCACCUGCCCCAAUAGAUUCGAAAGACGUAGGAAAGCACUCUGGAAAGCAAACGCCGUUUAAGGACAAGCCGGGAAAAGAUCACUACAAAAAAGCUGCUAGAUUGAAGACCCGAAUGAUAGAAACCCAGGAAGGGAUGCCUUUUUCACCCCAAUCUUCUUUCUCUGAAAACAAAAUAGAAGAAACAAAGUCGUUUGAGCCAGCCAACAAGUCAACAACACGUCGCUAUCCCUGGGUUGAAUUCAGUUUUCCACGAGGGAUCGGAAAUUCUCUCCAGAUACAUCCUAGAAAUCCUUGUGCCGGACAAGCAGUCUUGAAAGAUGGAUCACUGGUAGCUUUUUGUGUGCCAAAAGCUGGAUUCGAAGGAUCAAAAUCGAAGAAGCACACAUCAAAAACGGUUGAUGAUGACGUACAGAUGAAGGAAUCUAGUGACGAAAAAUCAAAACACGAAACACCAGUGGUUUGUGUAGCGACCCUGUUUAAAGGAGAUGAAUACGAAGUAUUUUGUUCGACAUUCGAUCCCCAAGGCGAAAAGAUAUAUGCAGCCACAAAAGAUGGAAAAAUACUUGGAUUUGAGGUCAAAGCAAUUUUUGAUCUCCUUUGUAGUGGCUGCGACACAAUACCACCUCUCGAGCCAACUUUUGUCAUACAGAUCCCAGGCAACGCUUGGGCUUGGCAAAUUAUAGUGAGUCGAAAUGGUCAUCAACUUGUAGUCAAUAGUAACGAUGCCGCGCUCCGUUUGUACAGCACAAAGGAAUGUUGGGAGAGGCCCGCUGAGGUUGAGAAGCCUCUCUUUGUUUUCCAGAAUAUUGUUACCAAGGUUAAAUUUGUCUCGUAUGAUCUUUCUGGUGAUGGGGAAUACUUGGUUGGUGGAGCGCAGGGAAACGAUGCAAAAUAUGAACUUUAUAUCUGGAAUACAACUACAGGUGCAUUGAUGGACAAAUUAACCGGUUCCAAUGCCCAGUUGUAUAGUGUAGCAUGGCAUCCCACGCGAAGCUUUGUAGCGGUUGCCGCUGAUGAUGGGCUUGUGGACGUGUGGGGCCCGAGAAUCAAUUGGACAGGUGAGUGUUCCAUGGGAAUACAAGUAUGGAUCCCCAUUUUGGUUCUAAAACCUUAGCUCACAAUACUGUCAUCCUUGCAUAUCAUCCGCAACAGCUUUCGCUCCAGAUUUUCAAGCCCUUCCUAGAAACGUUGAGUACGUGGAAUGUGAGGAUGAGUUCGACAUAGUGGAAGAUGAGAAUGGAGGGUCGGCAUCAAAAGAAGAGGAUAGUGAAGAAAACAAGGUUAUCGACAUUCUGACAAUAGAACCUGUUCCUGUAUUCCAAUCUGAUUCUGAAAACGAGGAAGAUGUUUUCACCUUUGAACCCGCAGUUGGUAGGCCCUCCGGUGGAAAGGGAGGGAGCGACAAUGCAAAUUAAAUUGGAAAGCUUUCUGUCAUUUUAGGUCGAUUGAGUUUCGUUUGACAGUAAACAUUUUCACUCGAACUAGUUUCAAAAAGAUGAGGCAGUAGCUCCCAUGUGUCUGGCAAUUAAAUAAUCGAUUUCUGAAACUUUGUAGUCUUAGAAUUCUGAUGCCAUAUCCUGCGUCCAUACUUGAAAAAAGUGCCGAUCAGAAAGUAGAUUCUCGUGGAGUCAAUAAAGAGAAUAUACUAGU